AUGGCGCGAACCAAACAAUCAGCAUGCAAAAAUGCCUUUCCCUGCUCACCACCUUCUUCAUCCCCUUCAUCUGAUUCUGUGGAACUUUCACCUUCUCCACCACCUCGACCAACACCACCACACACCUCCUCUGAUUCAACCUCUUCUGACAACAACCAACAAAUCUUCAAUCCCAAUCCUCUGUCCACUAUUCUUCCACCACUAUACACUCGUCCCACACCAAACCUUGCUCAAGUUCCUCCACACUUGCGUAACCAAACUAUUCCUCAACGACGCUCAAUGAGAGUUCAAUCUGGAAUUGGAACCUCAAAACCCUCAAACCUAAAACCACAUUACUUCAUCAUCUCAGAUUCUAAGACUGGUGAUUCUUUUGAUUCUUCUCCUCCAACAUCAGCAAGGGCAUCAAUAAACACCAAACCUACCACAUCAUCAAAAUCAACCUUCUCCUCUGAACCCUCACAAUCAACUCCCCCAAACCAAAAACGGAGAUUGAUAAAUUAA